UUGGAGCCUGUAUACAUGGUUGAGAUCCAGGCACCAGAGGGAGCUCUUGGAGGAAUCUACAGCGUGCUGAAUCAGAAGAGAGGACACGUCUUUGAGGAGAUGCAGAGGCCAGGGACACCACUGUACAACAUCAAGGCGUACCUGCCUGUUGUGGAGUCGUUUGGAUUCUCGGCUCAGCUUAGGGCAGCAACCUCAGGACAGGCAUUCCCGCAGUGUGUUUUUGAUCAUUGGGAAAUGAUGUCGUCUGACCCUCUUGAGCCAGGAACUCAGGCCUCAGUGCUUGUGGCUGAUACCAGGAAGAGGAAGGGUUUGAAGGAACAGAUGACUCCACUCUCUGAUUUCGAAGACAAGCUUUAAGCUUUCACCAAAACUUUUAGCCCUCUUUCGCUAUGGUUACUUAUCUUAUUUUUGUAGCGGAUGUUUUAGGUGGUGAGAUGAGAGAAAAGUUGAGACAUAGGUUGUUUUAAAUACUACAAGGAAAAGUUAAUUAUUAUUAUUAAUCGGA